GAGUCGGCGGCGCCCAGCGGCGGCAUGCCCAGCCUGCCGGGAUUCUUCGGCCGGCAGAACAAGUACGUGCGCAUGGACGACGUCGCGCUCGGCCCCCCGCCGGAGCACGAGGAGGAAGGCGUCCGUGCCGGGCGGCGCCGGAGCAGCACGAGAUAUGUCUUCGCCUGCUCCGUCUUCGCCUCCCUCAACUCCGUGCUCCUCGGCUACGAUGUGGGAGUAAUGAGUGGGUGCAUUUUGUUCAUCCAGAGGGACCUCCACAUCACCGAGGUGCAGCAGGAGGUGCUCGUCGGCUGCCUCAGCUUCGUCUCCCUCCUCGGCAGCCUCGCCGGGGGCCGGACCGCCGACGCCCUCGGCCGCAAGCGCACCAUCGGCCUCGCCGCCGCCGUAUUCCAGGCCGGGGCCCUCGUCAUGACGCUCGCGCCGUCCUUCCGCGUGCUCAUGGCCGGCAGGCUGCUGGCCGGCAUCGGCAUCGGCUUCGGCGUCAUGAUCGCGCCCGUCUACAUCGCCGAGAUCUCCCCCGCCGCGUCCCGGGGCUCCUUCACCUCCUUCCCGGAGAUCUUCAUCAACCUCGGCAUCCUCCUCGGCUACAUCUCCAACUACGCCUUCUCGGGCCUGCCCGACCACCUCGGCUGGCGCGUCAUGCUCGCCGUCGGCAUAGUCCCGUCCGUGUCCAUCGUCUUCGCGCUCCUCGUCAUCCCGGAGUCGCCCAGGUGGCUGGUGGUGCAGGGCAGGGCCGCCGAGGCGCGUGAGGUGCUUCUCAGGGUCACCGACGGCGAGGAGGAGGCCGACGAGAGGCUCGCGGAGAUCGAGGCGGCCGCGGCCAGCGCGGCAAACUCCGGCGAGACGGUGUGGCGGGAGCUGUCGAGGCCCUCGCCGACGAUCCGCCGGAUGCUGGUCACCGGCCUGGGCAUCCAGUGCUUCCAGCAGAUCACCGGCAUCGACGCGCUGGUGUACUACAGCCCCACCAUCUUCCGGGACGCCGGGGUGACCACCGAGAGCCAGCUCCUCCUCGCCACGGUCGCCGUCGGGUUCUUCAAGACGGCGUUCAUCGCGCUGGCCAUCGUGCUCAUCGACCGCGUCGGCCGGAAGCCGCUGCUGUACGUGAGCACGGUCGGCAUGACCGUCUGCCUGGUCAUUCUGGCAUCGACGCUCUGGCUGCUCGCGCACGGGGCGGUGCCCAAGGCCCUCGGCGUGGCCGUCGCCGUCGUGGCGGUGUGCGGCGACGUGGCCUUCUUCUCGGUGGGGAUCGGGCCGGUGUGCUGGGUGACGAGCUCGGAGAUCUUCCCUCUGCGGCUGCGGUCGCAGGCGGCGGCGCUCGGCGCGGCGGUGAACCGGGUUACGAGCGGCACCGUGGCCAUGUCGUUCCUGUCCGUCUCCCGCGCCAUGACCGUCGCCGGCGCGUUCUCGGCGUUCGCGGCCAUCUCGGCGUUGUCGGUCGUGUUCGUGCACAGGUUCGUCCCGGAGACGAAAGGCAAGACGCUGGAAGAGAUCGAGCUGCUCUUCGGCGGCGGGGAAGGUGGCGAGGGAGUGACAGUGAGCCCCGGGGAGGUGGAGCUCGGUGACGCCGAGCACCUGGUGCGGAAGGGAUGAGAAGGUCCUUGUACUCUGAUGGAUCCGUUUGGAAUUGUCACUCCCGUCUGAAUGUUUAGUUUCAGAAUGUGCAUUUGAUUUAUUUAUUGGUCAUUUAGGAGAAAAAUUAUACACAGUUAACAGCCUUGCAGCUUGAAAUUCUUAGUUUCAGCUUGCAACACAGAGUAACAGUUAUGACAGAAAUGGGAGGCACUGAAAAUUGGGGAA